AUGGAUACCAGCCUCCCCUCGUCGUUGUUUGUGCAUCUUGAGAAGAGACUCCAGGACAUCAUGUACCGAACGUCAGAUAAAGAUUUGGACGACAAGUGUCGAAGGUCGUUGAUCUCUUUCUACACCCUUCUUUUAGACCCACAGUAUAAGAAGGACGUGAGCAGGGAACAGCUGCAGUUCUUAGUGAUGAAAUUCAUCAGUUGUGCCACCAAGGAAUUGAUCAAGAUGCAUGAACCAGAACCCAACAUUAGUAGCGAGUCCUUUCGGAUUGCCACCAAGUUUGUUGAUAUUCUUAUUGACUUGGUGGACAAGGAGAACGUUGGGCUCGUGAAUCACUUGAUCGAGAGCAAGGAGAGUCUUGUGGCGAAAUCGGCAGCUUCUUCAGCAGCUUCUGCUGGUGCUACAAGUAAUAUAGCUUCUGCUGGUGCUGCUACUGCUGGUGCUGCCCCCGCUGAAUACCUUCAACCGUGUUUCCGUCUCACAGACAUGGACCAAGGAAUGAUAUCGUUGGUGGAAAAGCUCUUUGACGUAGACCAAAUCAAGCUCCAAAUGGACGUGAUCUCGUCUAGCCUGUUUGCUCAAUGUUCAACCAUUCAAAUGGACAUUCAGCAUUUCAAAACUCAAUUGGAUAAAGGAAUGGGUGCCAAAGACUUCAAAUCAGUUAAAGCUUAUGAAGAAUGGAAACAACGUCUAUACGAAAAUUGUGACUACUUGAGUACCAAGUAUUCCAUACUAAAUGGAGGAAGUAAGUCGAUUAACCCAACGCUCCCUUCUGGUGAAGAAACUUAUAUGAUUCCUUCUCGUGCCAAUGCUAGAAGUUACUUCGUUGCUUUAAUUCAAAGGUAUCUUAUGGUAUUCCCUCCUGUCCCUGGUGAACUCUUGCUUUCAUCCCAAUUCCAGAAGUAUCUUCAUAUUCUUGCGAAAAUAUGGCUUCUAGAUUACCCUACCAUUUCUGUGUCGAUAUUCACGGGUGCUGUAAGGUCUGGAAUCAUGGAAUUUGAAAAGAGCACUGUUCAACCAUAUUUCAUUAACUUGGACAUGGCAUCGGAAGUAUUUAAAUUAUGUGAUGUCCAUUUACCUCAAGGUCAUGAUGAUGACCCGGAUACUAAAUGGUCGCUUCAGGACCAAAAGGAAUGGGUAGGAGGUUUAGUUGCAUGUUAUAAGCUUACAUUCCGGGGGAUAAAGGAAUGUUUACUGCAAAUCUUUAAUAAAGAGAACAAACCCAAGUUUCUUCCUUAUUUAAUCUUCUUGGACGACUAUAUUAAGGUGGAUCCAUUGUUUUCUCAAGUGGCAGAUGCCCCCUUCAUGAAGUCUUGGGAAGAAAAGCUUUCUACAGCUCUUUCCAAAGCAUCUACAAAAAAAUAUGCCAAUUAUAUGGGCCUUUUACCUCGAGAUAGUUCACUUACUUUUGGUCAUGUUGCAGAUAUUGCCAAUAAUUUGGUGAGAGAUUUGGCACAACUCGAAAAGAAGUUCAAACAACCAUUGCUUGGCUUCUUGGACAUUCCUUAUAUUGUUGCUAUAACUCAAAUGCAAUUGUUUAAACGAGAUUUGGUGGGGAUAAUCAAAUAUAUCCAGUCCAACCAUGAUCAAGGCAUUACUAUGGUUAGAUAUGAUGAUGCAUUGGAUUUCUAUAAGUCUUUACAAGAUUUCAAGAUCAGAUUCAGAAGAUAUAGCCCGAAUUCUCCUGUUUACAGUUCGGAAUUAGAGUCUUCAUUAUUGCAACAUCUUAAACAAAUGGCAGAAGAAGCGGAAGACAAGUUCAAUGGUAUAGUAGAUAAUUUGAUCUCUGAUUCUCAAACUACCAAUACCAAAGAUUUAUUCUUUAUGAUUAGGAAUUAUUUGAAUAUCUUAUUGGAUUUGAAUGCUCCUAUGCGAAAGAUGGCCAGUAUUUAUACCAUUGUGAUUAAAAGUGUUUCGCAUUCGGUGUUACGGUACUCUUCAGUCAUUGAGAAGAACAUUGUGAAGGAGCUAGAAGACGAAGAGAAACGUCGAGCCAAGCUUUUAAGAGCAGAACAAAAGAAACAAGGAGUGGGGAGUAGUUGGUUCGAUGAUGUUAAGAAUGCAGUGAACAAUUUUCAAAAUGGAGGUAACAAAUAUGCCAAAAUUGAAGCUUUUAAUUUUAGUCCUGAGAUCUGUCAAGGUUUAAAUGAAUUUUCUGGGAUCAUCAAAGAGUUGGAUAAGUUGGAGGAAAUGUUGGAAUUGGAGAAUAUUUCCACUACAUUGAAAUCUAUUGAUCCAGGCUCAAGUAGUCGAUACACCAGUCAUUUAUUCUCUUUGAGAGUUGUUAGAGCAGAGAACCUCAAGAGAAUCUCGGCUACUAUUCAUCCCUAUGUUACUUUAAAGAUUGGACUGGAAAUUAUUGGUGAAACCAGAGCAUUGGUUGGAACGUAUGAUCCGGAAUGGGAUGAAGAAUUUGAUGUGAAUAUUCCCCCGAAUAAAUCGGCCGUAGUGGUGGUUGAUGUUUGGGAUGGUCAUGAAUCAUUGGGUAAAGCCAAGUUGGAAUUGAGUCCUCGUACAUUUAAAGAGGAUGGGAUUGCGCAGGAAGCAAUCCUUGACUUGAACAACGAACAAUCCAGAAUUUUGAUGGAGAUAGCUGUUGAAAAGGAAAGAGAUGAUGUCCUUUUCUUAAUAGGCAAAGCUCAUAGAGAUAUUCUGAGAUGUCAAGAACGAUGUAUUAAAUUAAUUGUGGAGAAGUUCUCUCGGUUUAUUCAUUUUGGUUUCUCCAGAGAUAAUUUAAAGACCAUCUGUGGUAGUAACGGGAACAUUGAACCAACAGAUGGAGAGAUUUUGAAUGCCAUGAUACCAUUAUACGAUUAUUUAAACGUUAACUUGGAAGUGUUGAAGUUGAACUUGAGUAAAAACUUAUUCUUCAAAGUAAUGGUUCAAACUUGGAACGUUAUCCUUCAAAGUGCUGACGAUUUAAUGUUACCCAAGUUAGUAACUUCCAAAUCUAUAAGAUCUUCGUUGCAAAUGGGAGGCUCUUCUUCUAAAUGGCUGUCGACGAUAACUUCAGUGGUCAACUCCAUGACUAAGGACAGGAAACUAACGUUGAAUGAAAUCUAUAUUGUAUUCGCUUGGUUGGAUGGUCUAUGUAUUUUCUUUUAUAAUGAAGGGAAUGGGCCAGCCAUGGUUGAAUUGAAGUCCGAACAAUAUCAAGCUCUUUUAUUUGUUCGACUUUAUUAUACUUUGACCGUUGAAGAGCUCCACCAUCGACUGGACGAAUUGUCUUCAGCCUACAUCAAUGUGCUUCGGUUAAAGAAUAACUUGGUUCCAAAAUCCACCAAUAAUACUCCCCAACAUCAUCACCAACACCUAUCCAGAGCAACAUCGACUAUCAUCAGACACCAGUCUGUUUCUGCUGGUGCUGCCAGAGCCAGAGCCAGAGCCAAAGCCACUACUAAAAGAAGACCACCCCCGCCCGUUGAUAAUAAUCCAAUGGGCUUCAUUGCAGACUCUUUGACAGAGGAUAUCGUGCUACGGUUGCUCCUCUUAAAUGAUGACAAGGACUUUGUGGCCAGACGGUUGGAACAGAGAGAACUACUUGCUCAUAACAUGCAACUUGAACGUUUGGCAAGACAAGCCGUGAGUUGA